UUCGCUGCAACCAAAAGCCCUUCCAGUCUCCGCCUCCAUCUACAGAGAGAGAGAGCGAGAAUCAUAAAAGUGGGAAAAAAUGGUUCAACGGCUGACAUACCGGACGCGCCACAGCUACGCUACCAAGUCCAACCAGCACCGUGUCGUCAAAACUCCUGGUGGGAAACUUGUGUACCAGACCACCAAGAAGAGAGCUAGCGGACCCAAAUGUCCUGUUACUGGCAAAAGAAUCCAAGGGAUUCCUCACUUGAGACCUGCCGAAUACAAGAGGUCUAGGUUACCUAGGAAUAGGAGAACUGUGAACCGUGCCUAUGGUGGCGUGCUAUCUGGUGGUGCAGUCAGGGAGAGGAUCAUACGGGCCUUUUUGGUUGAAGAGCAGAAGAUUGUGAAGAAGGUUUUGAAGAUUCAGAAGACCAAGGAAAAGCACGCAUCCAAGAGCUAAAAGAUGAGACAGAAGCUUUUUCAAUUUUACCUUGUUUCAAUUAAAUUUUGACUUGAAGAAAUGAUGAUUGUGCGCAUUAUUAUUGCGAGGUGUUUGUUUAAACGUGAAUGAGCAUUUAAUUUUUUGUUGGAAUAUUUAUCCUCUACUCUCUGGAUCGCGCCAACUCUGGUGCCAUACACUCAUGCCCAUCAAGGUAAGUUACUUGCAUUCCAUAUUAAUUAGUAACUAGUCUGAUUGCUGUAAUUGACUGAAAUUACUGGAGGGGUGGCUUUCUUUGUCCUCUUUUUCUAGAGUUUGGGUUUUCUUUUGUCUUAUAUUUUGGUUGGAAUGAAGUAAAGAUAGCCAAUUAUGUUUGGUUGC